UGCCCGUUCUACGCUGAGAGUUGCCUCAGAAGAUGAAAUCACCUUCAGCACAUGUGGAUGAGGAGCUGCAGCCCUGGGGAGGCCCUGAAUGCCCUGGUCAGCUCCCAGGAAAACUGGGGUCAUCAGAGUAUGCCCAGUCUGGGGUUGUGGAGAAGGGGCGGCCAAAGUGGGGCAACCCCCUGCAGUUCUUACUUGUCUGUGUCUCCUAUGCUGUGGGCCUGGGCAAUGUAUGGCGCUUCCCCUACCUGUGCCAGAUGUACGGUGGAGGGAGUUUCCUGGUCCCCUACAUCAUCAUGCUCAUCGUAGAGGGGAUGCCGCUCUUGUACCUGGAGCUGGCUGUGGGGCAGCGCAUGCGGCAGGGCAGCAUCGGUGCCUGGAGGACCAUCAGCCCCUACCUCAGUGGUGUCGGCAUUGCUAGCUUGGUGGUCUCCUUCUUGGUCUCUGUGUAUUACAAUGUCAUCAACACCUGGACUGUCUGGUACCUCUUCCACUCCUUCCAGGAUCCCCUGCCGUGGUCUGUCUGCCCACUGAAUGGUAACCGCACGGGCUAUGAUGAGGAGUGUGAAAAGGCCACGUCAACUCAGUACUUCUGGUACAGGAAAACACUCAACAUUUCGCCGUCCAUCCAGGAGAAUGGAGGAGUGCAGUGGGAGCCAGCACUGUGCCUCACCCUGGCCUGGCUGAUGGUGUAUCUGUGCAUCCUGAGAGGCACCGAGUCAACUGGCAAGGUGGUCUAUUUCACUUCAUCAAUGCCCUACUUUGUGCUCAUCAUAUACCUGAUUCAGGGCCUCACACUCCAUGGAGCCACCAAUGGCCUGAUAUACAUGUUCAUGCCCAAGAUGGAACAGCUAAUCAACCCCAAGACCUGGAUCAAUGCAGCCACACAGAUCUUCUUCUCACUGGGCUUAGGGAGUGGUGGCCUGAUUGCCUUUGCCAGCUACAGUGACCCCUCCACCAACUGCCAGAAGCAUGCCGUCAUUGUGUCCAUCGUCACUAGUACCACCGCCAUAUUCGCCAGCAUUGUCACCUUCUCCAUCUAUGGCUUCAAGGCCACCUUCAACUAUGAAAACUGCUUAAACAAGGUGAUUCUGCUGCUGACCAAUUCUUUUGACCUUGAAGAUGGCUUUCUGACAGCCAGCAACCUGGAGGAGGUAAAGGACUACCUGGCAUCUACCUACCCAAGCAAGUACAGCAGCGUGUUCCUGCACAUUAGGAACUGCAGCUUGGAAUCAGAGCUGAACACGGCUGUCCAGGGCACAGGCCUGGCCUUCAUCGUCUUCACUGAGGCUAUUAAAUACAUGGACGUGCCCCAGCUGUGGUCAGUGCUCUACUUCUUCAUGCUGCUGGUGCUGGGUAUGGGAAGCAUGCUUGGAAACACAGUGGCCAUCCUCACCCCUCUGACGGACAUCAAGGUCAUCUCCAGCUACCUGCCCAGGGAGGCCAUUUCAGGUCUGGUGUGCCUCAUCAACUGUACCAUUGGUAUGGUGUUCACCAUGGAGUCCGGGAACUACUGGUUUGGCAUAUUCAAUGACUAUGCAGCCACCCUGUCCCUGCUGCUCAUUGUGCUGGUGGAGACCAUAGCUGUGUGCUACAUAUAUGGGCUGAAGAGAUUUGAAAGUGACCUUGAGGCCAUGACUGGCCGCUCCCUCAACUGGUACUGGAAGGCCAUGUGGGCAUUUGUGAGUCCACUACUCAUCAUCGGCCUCUUUAUCUUCUACCUGAGUGACUAUAUCAUUACAGGAACGCUACAGUACCAAGCCUGGGAUGCCACUCAGGGUCACGUGGUUACCAAGAACUACCCCACAUAUGCACUUGCCAUCAUUGGGCUUCUGGUAGCCUCCUCUACCAUGUGCAUCCCUCUGGUAGCCCUGGGGACUUUCGUCACACGCCACUUCAAGAGCAGAGCAAACUUUCCUAUGGCCUGAAGCGGACCUCUCAUGGACUUACUAUGAGCACUUGCUGUUCUACGGCUCCUUCCUAAGGUAGAUGUUCCUCAGUUACUUUACUUUUCUGCUUCCUGAAUCUGUAAAGAAAAUUUAAUUCUCUGUAUCAUGCUGACAGAAACCUAACUUUGGCCAUAAAUACUACAGAGUUUUUAAUCUUCCAUAAUGUAUACUUUUGUUGCCAGAACUUAUACCCUUUUGUGUUACAUAUUCAACUCAUAUACUUUUCAUCAUUUCGACCUUUAGCUUUCGUUCUAGAAAUAUCAAAUGUUUACAUGCCACCAUUACAGUAACGAGACACUGGCUUACAAAUUUACCUCUAUCAUUUGCUUUCCUGUUGUUGUGAUGGAGUCUUGGUAUUUAUGGACCCCAGGUUUGGUCUGCACCUGUUCAUCUUAGGCUAGACUAGAAUCUGUGAUCCUCCAGCCACAGCUUCACCAUGCUGACAUAAAAGCAUGGGGAAGGGAAUGAGGGGACAGUUCCCUGGAGGCUCGGCCUGCCCUCAGGAUGGCAGAGGGGAGUACGAAUGAGUCUCAAGUAGCAGUCAACGCUACACUGGGUUGAAACAGUCCUGACUUCACCCUGUCCAGUGCUUGGAUUACAGACACCUGCCCUUUCAGUAUUUCCUCUGCUUUCUCUUAUUGAGGAAAGUGUUUUGUUUCAUCACUGAAGUGUAACUUUGCUGGAUGUGGUGUUCUGGACUGGCAGAUUUCUUUUUAGCAGUUUGAAUGUAUUGAUAAAUCCAUUUAGUUUAGUCUAACGGUUAUCACCUUACAUGCGACUUGACUCUUGCUCCUUGGUGGUAGAAGAGGAGGAAAAUGAGCUGUAGAUGAAACAAUUCAAAAAGUAGAGGAUGCCAAUCUAGAAAGCACAGUGUGUGACACAAUAAAACCACAUGAGAUUUUUUCCCGUCAGUGGGCACUAGCUGACACGGAUUCCAGAUAGAACCACUGAUCAUGAAGACUGAGUUUAAAGGAUCCAUAAAUACACAUAAGCAAAAUUUAUAAAUUUAAAGCAACCAACAACAACAAAAAGGUGAAAGAAAAAUCAGGUAUGCUGGAACAAGCUUUAUAUUCCAGCACUUAGGAGGCAAGAGGAUCUUAGGUUUGGAGACAAUCUGGGCUGUAUAGUGAGACACUGUCUUCAACGAGAACUAUAUAAAUAGGAGAGAGGGGUGGAGCAAUGGCUCAAUGAGUCACAACACUUGCUGUGCAAGCAUGAGGAGCAGACACUGGAUCCCAAUGAGACCCUGUCUCAGGGGAAGAAAGCAGGUGAUAGCAGGUACCUCACACCCUUCUCUGGCCUCCAGCUGUACACACAUAAGGUCCAUGCACAUAUAUACACAAUCACACACAAAAGGAAGCUAGAGCUGGACAGAUGACUUGGUGGGUAACGGUAAUGGCUCUUCCUGCAAUGGAUAGGUUCAGUUCCCAGUACCCACCGCUGUCUAACUCAAGGUACUCCGACACAUUCUUUUAGCCUCCAGGCACUUGGCAGGCAUAUGAAGCUCAUACAUGCAGGCAACACACGAUAAAUAUAUAUCUGGGGGUGGGUGCACUAUUGCUCAUCUCAGUGAGAAGGCCAUGCAGACCAAGGCCAACAGCACAUGGCAAGCAAAAACAACCUUUUUAACCAGUCUCUCGCUUACCUGCCAGGCAGCGUUACAUCAGCUCCUUUUUCCUGGUUAAGUUCCACCUUCUCCAAGAAGCCCAAUUACUUCCUUCCUUGGUGCUCUCUACUGACCACAGGACACAUGCUUCCUAUACCUCCCCCAAAGAUCCCCAUCUCCUGGUACUGAUGUUUUGUGUAAUCUCUUCCCCUUGAAUGAGCUAGAGCCACUGACUUCUAGUGCAAAGGAUACAAUACAGGUGAUGGGCAACACUUCCAUCUUGAUUGCAGACUCAAUAUUGUUGACUAUGAUGUAAAAUUUAAUUGGACAUUUCUCUCCCACCUGUCAAUUCCCAAAUAGCCAUUCAGAGGCUGAAUAUGAAUUUUAAAUGUUUGGUCAAUAACUCAGGCUUAUUACUAACUAGCUCUUACAUUUUAAGUCAACCCAUAUUCCUUAUUUACGCUCUGCCACAUUGUAGCACCUUUAUAUAAGCACGGCAUGUUCAUCUCCUGCUCCCUCUGCAUCUGGCUCACAACUCCUGACCCUGCCCUUCUCUUUCCCAUGAUCAUUGGUUUGGUUGCCCCACCUAUACUUCCUGCAUGGCUACUGGUCUAUCAGUAUUGUAGUAAACCAAUCUGAAUGACAAAUUACAGUGUACUAGAAGAUAUUCCACAGCAUGAAUGGCUUUCAGUCCAGAGUCAGUAUGGAUGUUCAAUUCAACAAGCAUGGGACAAAUUCAAUUUUGCCAACAGUGACAAUCAUCUAGAAAGUAGAUCCUGCCUGCUUUCAUUAGAAUCUUAACUGUGGCUUUGUGGAAUGCCCUGAAGCAGAGAAACUGAGACAAUACAAGCGAUCAUGGCCUACUUCAAGCCAGAGUGUGGGAACAACUUGUUACAGUGAUAGGUUAACUAACAUGGUGAGGCCAUUCAGAGCUGGUCUAUCUUCUCUCACAGUGAAUUACUAACUAAAUUACCUACCACAUUUUGUUGACGUGCUGGGAUUACAGGUGUGGGUCACCAUGCCAGGUCUUUUAGAGUACUGGGAUUGUGCCCAGAGUUUUAUGCACACUAGGUCAGUGCUCUACCAACAGAGCCACAUGCCCAGUCCUGAAAAUACUUUUCCACAUGUACUAUUUUCCUGUUUAUCAGUUGCAACCUGUAUCACCUAUCCACCCAUACUUCCUUAUCACCUUGCAACCUUUAUCACCUUGAAACAAAUUAUAAUUUGGAAGUAGAGAUACUUUUUUUUAAAUUUUUUCUGUAUUUUUUAAUGUGACCCUUGAGAAUCUUGCUGCUGUAGAAAACUUGCUUCCAUUUCACAGUGAGACCUUAGUACUUAGAGAUACUCUUAUAGACAUUAAACCUCAGUAAAUGUUA